AUGAGUGUAGUUGGGGGGGGGGGGGGGGGGGGGGGGGGGGGGGGGGGGGUGGGGGUGGGUGGUGGUGGGGGGGGGGGGGGGGGGGGGGGGGGGGGGGGGGGGGUGGGGGUGUUGUUGUUGUUGGGGGGGGGGGGGUCUAUAUCUCAUGGGAAAGGGGGGGGGGCUACAGAAUCACAGGACAUAGGCUGCUGGAUACUGUCCUUCGACUGGAUUGAGACUUGUGCCCAUGUGAAAAUGCGGGUGGAAGAAGAAGGCUUUGAAGUCACUGGAUGUAGUGCAACUCCCUUGUCCGGGGCCCCUCGGCGUGCUCGGCUUGCACGCGAGGCAGGUUCCCUCGGACUCUUUCAUAGAUUCCGCUUUUGUUUCUUGGGUGAAUUCGUGUAUCCAGUACCUUCAAGCACUGACCUCACAAUGUUGGCACGUUCCGGCGGAGCCACGGUCGUCUUCUGUCGUGAGCGUUGUUCCCCUCUCCGAUUGGCUCGGCUCGCUAUUGAGAUGAAUGACGCGUCACUUCCUCCAGAUUGGGAACUGAUAGAGUCUUCGAGGUGCACUGCCGAAGAUGACCAGGACUUCGACGGUGACGAUGAGGACGUUUCCACCAUUAAUCAAGCCGAAGUUUUAUCCGCUUCUAGCGCAUCUCCCCUAUUGGUUAUUUACAGCGCUGCGCACAAUGUGAACAAGUUUAAACCCGAUACGUCAAUCCCCUAUGCGGUCAAGGUUGUAUCUCAGGCCGUGAGCAUGCUCAAACCACGCAGUAACCGCGCCAAUUUGUCUGACCCUCCUCUGAAGGCUGUCCCUUCCACCUGGUUGCUCGAUUGCGCUGCUGAGUACUGCAUUCUCCCCGAGCCACUCCAUUGAGAUGCAGUGCAGUGGGACUGCGUCAUUAUUUUUUAUCCUUUACACGCCCACCUACAUUGACCAUUGUUCCCCGUCGUUGGUCCUAUUGAUCAUUCCUUCUUCGUGCAAAGCUCGGCCUUAGUUCAUUUCUCUAUGGCAUUUACCUGUGUUUAACCGGGACUCAGGAAUCACAAAUGACAUUUCGCUGUGUUCAAUACCCAACCAUUGACUGAGGAAUUCGACGUUCCUUCGUACUCUGUGAGUUUCUUCCUUCAACUUGUCAGUUUUUUGUAUUACUCGCGUUCCUUGAUCCUUCCGGCAGUCUUUGACGGUUUUUAUAGAUUCAGAAACUGUGGCGCAUCCGGGCUUUUAGUCACCUGUGACAUGUGUUACACGAGUAGACUCGCAGUUGCGACGACUACUCAAUUGUUUCGCGCCGCAUCAUAUGUAUGUGCAAUCACCACUACCCGAUGGUGUCGCACUGUGUGCUGUAUAUGUAUACCGCCUGUAUUUGCCUUUUGUCAAUAUAAUCCAUCCGACAUGAUCACGUUUGGUGACUUGGAAAGAUUUAUUGUUUCAUCCGACUGAAUCUUCGAGACGUUUCG